UGCAGGUAAAAAGUUACACUUCAAAACAAAAUUUAUAAACUUUCCAGUUAAAAAUGAAGCCGAAGGUGUUAUAUGAUUCCUUCUCCAUAAAUACUUCGAAUCGACAAUUAAACAUGUAUAGUUCAAUUAUAUCAAGAGGAUAUUCAAGGAACCAUCUAUAAACAGUUACACAUUUACAGAUAUACCACAAGGAUGUUGUUUGGAGCGAGUUUUGCGAGGUGUCUGGUAGGAUUCUUCUUGUUGGUCACAUUGCCGUAUAUUCAUAUAGGAAUCAUGUAUGCAAAAAUAUGGGUUCCAGACAAGAAACCUGUCUCCUAUAAUAACUGUACUUGUAGUUGUUGGGACACUGUUUUUAAAGGUUCAUAUGAAAAUCAGAAAAAAGUUGGAUACAAACACAUGUAUUUUAAUGCUACUAAACAAACUUUCAGUAUGUGGACGAUAACAAUGGCUGCAGUUUUGGCAUUUUAUGAGUUAGUCAAACACUUGUUGCGGUUAUACGUGGAAGGAAAUCUUAGAUAUUCAAUGCUUUUUCUAUUAAUACUUAGUAUUUAUCCACAGUACUUUUCUUGGUGGGUAUAUCUCAACUAUUUUAAUGAUGAUUUCUACAAACAGUUCGUCCAUCAAAUGUUUUUUACUGUGACAGAGCUGGUAUCCUUCAUGAUAAUUGUGCGCAUGUGCUCAUAUGAAAAUGAUAUUACGCCGAACCACUUGAUUGGAGUUUUGUCAAUUAACUUAGUGCACAUUGUUGUGGGUGGUUUAGAUCAGUUCUUUGAACAUUUGGUACUAAUGGACGGAAAACAAUUCAAAAGAAUACGAAGUCUUGCACUUGUUAUACCAGACGUCCUGUGUAUAGUUAUAUCAAUAAUAGAAUACAAAAGGUCACGUAGUCGAUUAAUAAGUAGGAAAGAAUCAGUCCAUGUAUUAUGCUUAACAUUUCUUUUGUUUUUACUUAUCAAACUUGUAUUGAUAUGAUGUAUGGGUGUCUUAUGACAUACUUUGACAGAUAUGAAAAUUAUAUCAAGAUAUGAAUAUUCGUUAUUAAUAA